CAGUAUACGGUUGACAUAUAUGCAUCUUUUGGGCCCACUAGAACAGACGAAAACAUAUAAAAAAUAGGAGAUAGACGGCAGAGAUGCUUUUUUCUUUAAUGGUUAGGACGAAGAUAAACUGAAACUAUCAUGGUCAGAGAAUCUAGCCGAAGAUCAGAUAUGGAGUUGUUUGCCUGCAAAUAGUUUUCAUUUAGAGUCAUGAGAGAAACCAUGGAUGAUGGGGAGGUAGAGCUUUCAGAUAAUGUUCAAUUGUUAAAUCCAGAUUCAUCUAUCAACUUUCAGGGUUCAGAAUCUGUUGAUUCAUUUCUUGAUGAUUUGUUGAAGAACACCCGAACAUGCACCCAUACACACACUUGCAACCCGCCCGGCCCUGAUACUGCUCAUACACACACAUGUUAUCACACUCACACCCAAGUUCUUGCAUCCGAAGAAGAUGGUCAUCCAAACCAUAAAGAGAAUACCAGCUCAAGACGGAGAAGACCUUCAGGGAACAGAGAAGCGGUUCGGAAGUAUAGGGAGAAAAAGAAGGCUCAUACAGCUUAUCUUGAAGAGGAAGUCAAGAAACUGCACCAAUUGAACCAGCAAUUGGUUAGAAAAUUACAGGGGCAAGCAAUUCUCGAAGCCGAGGUUUUUAGAUUGAGAAGUCUUUUGCUAGAUCUAAGAGGGAAGAUUGACAAUGAGUUGGGGGUUUUCCCCUACCAAAAGCAGUGUUACACUAAUACUAUGUUCAAAGAAGGUGAUUGUGGGUUGCAGCCUGCUGGUGGAGCAAUUGACCUACAGUGUCAGACUAAUUUACCAUGCUCGCAUCCUCAUUCUGAGUCAUCAUCGCAGGCCGGAAUUGGUGGAAGCGGGAAACGGAUGACGUCAUGGGAAGAAAACUGUCAGACUGCAAUUAUAGAUUGUCGAGCUAGCACAAGUGAGAUGGUGAAUGCUGAAGGACAAACACUGGAGACAGUGGAAACCUUUGUGUCAUCUGCUUCACAAGCCGAAUAAGUAGCAGGGCAGAUAUCAUUUGUAAGUUUCAUGCGUCUUUUGAUCUUCCUUUUGUAACGAUUUGCGUAAAUCCAUUGUAGGUGGAGACUGGAGAGUAGUACAUAUUCUAUAAAGUUAUAUACUUGAAGACGGAGCUUUUUAGAUUUGGCAUCUCCGAACACUUUGUAUUAGGCAAUGUAAAUAAAACUUCUUCCUGUUAGUUGUUGUUUCUUGA